AUGUUUGAAUCUUUUAAGUUUGAUUGGAGCCGCCACGGUUGGGCGAUCUUUUACUGUGCCGUAUCAGCAGUCGGCGCUCUUUGCUAUGGCUAUGACAAUACCUACUACAAUGGCGUCCUUGCCAUGCAGCAAUUUAAAGACGACUACGGAACGCAUCGUGAUGCAAGCGGCAACCUAGAGCUUCCUUCUUCUUUUCAGGCCGUGACGGCAUCGGCAAUCUAUAUUGGAGAUCUUGUCGGUGCAAUCCUCGCUGCCCCCAUCAAUGAUCGCUGGGGUCGGAAGGCCACAUUUUGGUUUGCUUCAUUUUGCAUCUUGAUUGGCGGUAUCUGUCAAGUGGCGGAUACAAUCCACAGCGAGGCGAUCAUCACAGUUGGGCGCAUUCUGAUUGGGGUUGGAGUUGGUCAAUUCACCGUCACCUCUUUGUUGUAUAUUGGUGAAGUAGCACCCUCGAGUGUUCGUGGACCAGCCCUGAUGUCCUUCCAAUUUCUUCAAUCUUGCUCUCAGUUGAUUGCAUCAUGUAUCAACGAGGGCACCGAAAGUCUUCAUAACAACUCCCUGUCCUACAGAAUUCCCAUGGGUGGUCUUGUUGUUCUACCUCUCUUCAUGUUUGCUUUGUUGCCGUUCAUUCCAGAAAGCCCCGUCUGGUAUAUUUUCAAGAAUCGCCUAUCGGACGCGGAGCAGAGCCUACGAAAAAUCAACCGCAAAGAACCUGAUUACGACCCAGCCACGGAUAUAAAUCAGGCCCUCAGUGCUAAAAGCAUUGAAGAGCAGCAUGCCGAGUUUUCGUCGUGGAAGUCUUUGGUUACAGACCCGGUUGAGAGAAGAAAGGUCAUUUUCUCGGCAGGCGCGAUGUUCAGCCAGCAAGUCUGUGGUAUUCUGUUUUUUUACGUUUAUGGUGUGGUUUUCGUGCAAGCAAUUGGUGUUGGGGACCCUUUCAUUGUGCAGAUUGUGAUAAAUGUGGUUCAGAUCAUCGCGGUUGGCGCUUCAGUUAUCACCGCAAAUAAGGUUCGCCGUCGGAUCAACCUUAUGGUGACCAACUGCAUGAUGCUCGUGGCCUUCAUUGUUAUUGGCUGCAUUGGAACGAAACCUUUGACAACUGCGACACAAUAUGUCAUUGUUGUGUUUUCAUUCAUUGUUGUCAUUGGUUUCAACUUUGGAUUGGGUCCAUUGGCGUAUACGGCUGCGCGAGAGAUGGCGGUCGGCGUCAACCAGAACAAGAUCAUGUCGACAAGUAUUGUUGUGUUCUAUUUCACCACAUGGGUUAUCUCAUUCACAGCGCCAUAUCUGUACUAUGAUGCUGGUCUUGGGCCGAUGGUUGGAUUCUUCUAUGCAGGAACCACAUGUCUGUCCUUACUCUGGACUUGGUUUUGCUGUGGAGAAACCGCCGGUCGUUCUAGUUUGGAGAUAUCUCUUUUCUUUGCGGAAAAGAUCCCAGUGAGAUCAUGGCGAACCCAUGUCUUUCCCGAAGAUUCCGUAAACGAACUCAAGAUGGCCCAACGUGAUAAAACGGAGAGCGACGGGAAUGUUGAGCACAAGGAAUAUCAAGUUUGA